AAAUUCUUAAUCUUGUUCCGUCUUGCAUAUUCAAUGAAGAGAGAUAUCAGACAUAAUCUCCAAUUUAGAAAUAAAUAAUUACGAUCAACAUUUUAUUGGCGCAUAGAUGUAGACUGGAAUAGCUGGUGAAAUGGAAAAGCUGUUUUACUUUGUUUUGAUUACUGCCAUUUUCGUUUCUCAAUGGGGAGUGGUGCACUCGGUGACCUGCUACACGUGUUUGGGAUGUAACGACGAGUUCGAGUCUCCUGGUGUGAGGAGCGAAUCUGGCUGCGUGGCUUGCACGAAAUCUAAAUCCUGGGGAACAUAUGGCAAACACACGAUCAUCCGCGCGUGUUCCCGCUCUUCCUACGCCGAAGGGUGCACAGAUGACAUCGGGGCCGGCAUGUUAUGCUACUGUACCAGGGACCAUUGCAAUGUGGCGGGAAAACAUGCGGCCAAAUGGACAUUGGUCAGCUUCGGACUGUUCCUUCCCUUUGUCCUGAAACUGACUCUUGGGACUAUGUGAUCAGCAUUGACAAUAAAAACCAUUUGAUUAUAAUUCCUUAACCAAUUGUACCACAUUUGUAUCAUAUAGAAAUUUGCACAUGUAUUGUACAACGUAUUUUGUUAUCGCUUCUAAACUUUAUAUAUGAAAUAAAUUCCAUUACCUGUAAUACAAGGCAGAAUAUUCUCAAAAACACUGUACUGAAGUUUGAAUUUGGAAAUGAAACUCAAUUGAUAAUAUGACAUUUAAUGUAUAUGUAUAAUUGCUAUAUCCGGUAAGAUUUAAUUUGAUAAUAUUUUAUUGCAUGAGAUUUGACAAUGAGAAUACCAAUGCAAAGUUCGACACAACAUUUAAACCGACUUUAUAAAAUCUAAAAUGCAAAGAGAUUGGGCAACGAG